CCCACUCAUAGAGUCACAGAAUAAAAAAAAGUAUCACUGGCGACUACAGCAACUUUAUUGUAGCGGCAGCCUGGUAACGCGUAAUGACUGCGCGUUAUCAUACGACCGAACGUUUCUUAUCACCGCUGUCGACUUUUCCGUCUAUCGACUCGGUUCCCGUAGUCCUUUGGGCGAUUAUGAACGCGGUUCGUCCGAAUUGUCGUCGUCGUUGUUGUGUACCUAUUAUAAUUUUAUAUUAUUGUUUGUUUUUGUUUUUUUUUUUUUUAACCGUUUUUAAUUAAUAAUAAGUCAUAUUUUAUUAUUGUUUACCUCAGACGUCGUACAUCGGCCAACAGAUAUAAGUGUAUAUAUAUAUAUACACACACUAUAUAUGUGUACAGUUUACGCACUUAUAUACUUAUUAUAUUCUGUUGUUUGGUCGUCGUCGUUUUCGUCCGUCAACUCACGAAAUUCCGAUGUCUGGCCUUUCGCUUUUUUUUCUACACGGCGGUGUGUAUUAUAUUUUCAAAAAUCAAACUUAGUGUGAGAUGCCAUAUAUGGUAUUUGAAGCAUUUAGAUUGAAACUUAAAAAGAAACACUAUGCGUUCCACAAAGUGUACAUUCCUUACAGCUGACUUUGGCCUUUGAGCCUCAGUCGAUUCAAACGCUAUUCGGACAAUAUCAACACGAGAUUUACAUCAAACCGCUUUAAACACAGUAUCUAAGGUAAACAUAUUUGAUAUUAUAUAGGUAUUACUUAUAUUAUUAUGUUUACUUGUACUCUUAUCGAUAUGUUUAAAAUGUUUACAUGAUAAGUGAUAUUAUAACUUUAUUGUAAGGGGAACCUACAUUAAAUUACUAUGUUCUUAUUAUUUUACCACGUCCAUAAUAUUAUUUCUAUUAAGUUCCUAUUUAAGUUAAAUGUUUUAGAUGUUACUUUUUCAUUUUAAAAUGUAUUCAUUUUAUUAAAAUAUCAAUUGAAUAUAUUAGGUAUAUUAUACACAUUUUCUGAAAAGGUUGUUUUCUAUUAAUAUUAAUAUUUAUUUGUCUUUUAAAAUCUGAUUUAAAGUUAAUAUAAACUUCUUAGCUGUAAUGUUAUCAAUAUUCAGAUAUUUAAAUUAUUUAGAAAAUUGUAAGUUAAAAUUUUAAAAUUUGUAGCUUUCUAGCUAUAAAUUAAAUUUAUAAUCAGAUAAUAAAUAGGUACCUGAGUAUUUAUUUAAUUGCCUUGCCCUGCUAAUAUUUUUUUUACACCUGUAUUGCUGUGUAUGUUAAUUUUAAAAUAAACAGAUAACUAAUAAAAUAAAUUAUACCUGUUAUAAAAAUAAAUGCUUAGCUAAGUAAAAAAAGAAACUUGUUAAUGUGAAAAAAGCACAGACUAACAGGUGUGCCUUGAAAUUUGUACAUAUUUUUAAAAAAAGUAAAUAGUGUCACUCAUAUGGUUAUAGUACUAAUAUCAUAAUUUUUUUUUUCGUAUUUUAUGAUCUGUAAUAUAUCCAAGAAUAUAAUAUCAUAAUUAUUUUAAGUAAAGGAACAAGUCUAUUUUACUGCUCAAUCAAUUUUUUGCAAAAUGUAUUUUGAAAAGUGGCCUCUUAUUUAGUCUAAUCCACUUAUUACGAUUCAAUAUAUAAUGUUAGAUAUAUUCCAAGUAAAAUGUUUUCAAACUAUGUAUUUGGCUGGCUUUAUAUCUCAUGUGCAGUAAAAUUAAUUGGAUAUAACCAUAUUGGUUACAUCCAUAAUCUUGAUGUUAUUUUUAAAUGAAAAUUGUUUUUUACAUUCCCGUAUAACAAUAUUAUAACCUAAUACAAUAUACAUUAAAUAAACAUAAUUAGGUUAAUAAAUACCAAUGAAAUUUUUUAAAUUUUUUUUUUUAAAAAUUCUAUAUUAUGCCAUUGGUUACAUUUAGAACAAUAAGCUUAAGUGAUAAAAAAAUAGAAAUAAUAAUUGAGAGAAAAAAAAGUUUUUCCAUUUUAAAGAGUUCUGCCUUCAAUGGGGUCCAUUAAAAGGAGAUUUUAAUACAUGUAUAAUAUAAAAUAUUUCAAUCAAGUCUUUUGUUUUGUAAUUUGGAUACAACUAUGUGUAAAUUUAAGUCUCCUGAAGAUUGUUAUAAGCGAAUUCGACUAAAUUAAAAAAAGUUUCGGUUUUUAAUUAAAAAAUUUGACAUUUGCUAUUUGUCUAAAAUGUUAAUGAUUUUUAAUUUAUGUGUUUUUAAUGUUUAUUCUGAUAGUAUAACAGAAUUUUUUACCAUAAAUAAUGAAUCCCAUCUUCUUCCAAACAUUUUUAAGUCUGUUGUCUGGAAAGUUGUGUCAGAUAAAGUAUUUAAUAAAAGAAAAAAAAUGUCCAUCAUGACGUGGAGAGGGGGUACUAUAAUUCUAAAGUAAGCAAGGGUCUUUCUUUAAAAUACCAUCAUAUUCAGGAUUUGAAAAUCUGUUCUAGGAUAAUGGGGAUGAGUGAGACCACUAAUGUAUGUGGGAAGUAGGAUAGGUAGGAUAUAGAGGAGAAUUUAAUGUAUACUUGUAUGCAACGAUAAACCAUUGCUAAUGAAAAAACAAUUCUAAGUGGAGUUCAGUUGAUAGUGUUGCUUUGUCAACAAUAUAUUUAUUAUUAUUAUAGUAAAAUAAUAAAAUUAUAGGUGCAUUAAACAUUUUCCUUGACAUUUUCUUUAAUAUGGUUUAAUAUGGUACCUAUUUUCCCGAUUUUACCUAUGUUUUUUCCUAGUUUUUUUAUUACUGGGAAAACUCUUAAGAAAAUAAAAAAAUGACUUCCUUAAAGUUCCUUUCCAUCAGAUUUCUUUUUAGAAAAAGUGCUAUCAUUGUAAAUCGGAGAAAAUUUGUCCAUAAUAGAAAAAAAAAGUAAACUUCAUUGUAAAACUACUUUAAUUAUAAUUAAUAGUUCAAUGUAAUAUUAUAUUUAUGUUUUUAAUAUCAUUAUUCUAUUAAAUUCUAAUAAUAUCAAUUUGUUUAAAUCUAGGAAUGAAAGAGAUGGAUGCUAUCAAAGAAGAAGAUAGGAUGAGGAGGUUGCAAAUCCUCGAGAAAAAAAUACGUGAUCCAAGAAGUGUUUCAAAUAUAGAUUGUUUAUUGGUAAGGAUUUUCAAUUUAAAGUUUAUAUUAAAAAGGAUUGGCAACUUCACAUAUGGUUGGGCCUCUGUUGGAGGUGAGAAGUUGGGAAGGUAGUAAAGGGAAAAUUUAAUGUAUAUCUGUGAACAAUGAUAAACCAUUACCACGUAAUAUUAUGGUAAAAUAAUUACAUAGGCAUUAUAUAUUUUCUUUAUUCAAAUUUGUUUAAUAUUGUAGGUACCUAUUUUCUUGGUUUUCCGAUGUUUUUUCUUUGGUUUUUCCAAUGGCAUUGGAAAAACUCCUGGAAAAAUUAAAAAAAAAAACGACAUCCUUAAAUUUCCUCCCCAGUCAGAUUUACUUUCAAACAAAGUGCUAUCAUUAUAAAUUGGAGCAAAAUUGUUGGUAAAAAAGUUGUCUACAGAAAAAAAACACCUUUGUAAAACCAUAAGCUUCUUUGCUCCAACUCAGUAUCUAAAAUGUAAACAAUAUAUUUUAUGUAAAAAAAAUCCACUCAAGCGAUAGAGCCCUGUCACUUAAGUUGAAUUUUCUCCCAGCUGACAAUUAUAUUUAUACAUAAACAUUUCAAAUAGUUACUGAAUCUGUAAGGAUAUCUAGAAUCCAUUAUUUCUUGUGAAAACACAAAAUCUGAUCAUAAAAAUGAUUGAGGAGGGAAUUAAAAGUUGAAACCACCAAAAAGUCACAUCCUUGUUAUCAAAUUAUAGCUGUUCAUAUAACCAAAAUGAUGUCCAUUGCUAAUGAUAUACAAUACUUUUUUUUUAAUAAUUAUUUUAAUUCCAUUGAAUCUUUCAUAAUGUAUGUAAAAAACAAUUUUAAAGGUAUCUACUAUUUUCAUUCUGAAUUACUACCUGAUAUUUUUGGGCUCACCUUUAUAUCGCAGUAAAUCUUUGUUGCUUGGUAACAAAACUCUAAAAACACUUAAGUUCUGUGUUUACUAGUGUUACAACUCUUUAGGAAUUGAAUUUUGUUAUAAAAAAUAGACUGGCAGUUAAAUAUCCUGUGUUAAGUUUCAUAAACAUUGGAAUACAAUUUCAGAUUUAUAUAAUAACCCAAGUUAAAUCAAACUUGAUUUUAUAUUGAAGAAGAUAGAUACUUGUAUUAUUAUUGUUUUAUGAUGUAUGUAGUUACCACCUAAUGUUAUUUUUUUUGUAUUCAUAUUGCUAUGUACACUACAAAAAUGUUUUGAAAUUGGGUUUUAAUUUUUAAUCCAUUAAUAAAUAAUUAAACUAAUUAUUGGUAAUAGGUACCUAUUUGAAACUGUUAUCUAGUAUAAUUAUGGGUAUUCUGUUUUGUACAAAAUAUGUAUGUCUAAUUGCCAUUUACCUAAUUCAUAAUUUUUUUAACCUUUAGUUACUUAAUACUUAUUUUUUAAAUUAUGAUUUUUAAAAAAACUCAUACACCUAUAAUAAUAUUUCAAUUUUAUAAAUAAAAAGUUUAAUUUAUGAGUUUUAUAACCCUUUUCAGUUUUUAGAUUACUAUUAAGUUAUUCUAAAUAUUAAAAUUUGGAGAUAAUUCAUUACACCAUUUAUGAUUCUGAGUAGAGCGAGGAAUAUGAUGAGUAUAUAUUUUACAAUGAUAUUUAUUUUUUUUCCUGUGACAAACUUUUCUACCAACAAUUUUGACCUUGAUUUACAAUGAUAGCACUUUUUCUCAAAGAAAAUCUAACUGGACUGGUACUUUAGGGAAGUAAUUUUUCGAUUUUCCCAGGAGUUUUCCAUAUAAAUGAAAAAAAAAACAUGGGAAAAUAAAUACAUUAUUAUACAUAUAUAUUGUUGAAAAGCAACACUAUUAACUGGGCUUUGUUCAGAAUUGUUUCUUUCGUUAGCAAUGUUUAAUCUUUGUUUAUAUAUAUAUAUAUAUAUUAAAUUCCUGUCUAUAUCCUACCUUCAGAAUUUUGCAUCUAUAACAGUGGCUGCACCUGUUCCCAUUAUCCUAGGACAGCUUUUUUUUUUAACAAGCACAAGGUAAGUGAUGAGAUGUUCUCAUUUAUAACAAUAUUGAAGUUGAUUGAAAUCGUAAUAAAGUAUUAUGAUGUAAUACAAUAGUAAUAAAUUUUAGUAUAAAUAACAAACAUAGAUAAAAAAAACUUACCUAGAUAGUUUAAAAAGGGUUCUUUUUUUAAAAUGAAAAAUUUAACAGCUUCAUAAUGUAUUUAUUGAAAGUUACUCUGUUAUAAAUAAAAUACAUUUAUGAAAUAACAUAUCAUCAUAAAGUACUAUAAAAUGGAUUACUAGAUGGUACUAAAAGGAUUUUAGUUUUCAAUUUAAUAGGUAAGUUAUGUGAAAUGUAUAUGGUCGUUUUAAAGUUUCAACAAAUCUUAACAAAAAAAACCUAUGCAGAGCUUUAUUAUUUCGCUGGGCUCUAAGUGUAUUAGUGUGCUAUUAAUAUAUUUUGAUGUAUACAAAUAAUAUAUAAAUAGAUAAAAUGGCUUUACAUUCAUUAAACAUGUCUAUUUCUAGAAACUAUUUUCAUAACGUAAAUUAAAGUUUUUAUAAUACUAAUAGUAUUACCAAUAAUUAUACUUAUUUAACAUUUGAUUAAAAAAUUAAUUUAUGGUAGCAAAUACCUACCUAGUUAAAGAUAAAUAUGAAAUAUCAAUAUUUAAUUAGUAAUGAGAAAAUUGUAUCAUAUUGGUUAUUAUAUUUUCUAAUAAUCAUACUAGAUAAGAGCAUAAUAUUAAAUGGCUAUUAUUAAUUUUUAUUAAAAAAUAUAUUUUACAAAAAUAUAAUCAUCUUAGGUACCUAGUUUAUUUUUAAACAGUAGUUAUUAGAUUUUAUAUUAUAAAUUGUUUAUGUACAUAUUUUGUAAAAUUGUCUAGUUUUAAUGUUUCAACGAACAUUAAAAAAAUAUUGUUUAACAAGAAAAAAUAAUUGAAGUUUUUGAGAUCUUAGAUGAGUUGUGUUAGGUAAAUUAUAUUAGAUUUAGAUAAUAUAAUAAUUAUUCUUUUAUCAAAUAUAAAAAUUAAACAAUUAUUAUAUUUUAAUAUUGAAUAUUCUGAAUAAUAUUCCUUUUGUUUUCCCUAUUUGAGAAAUUCUUAUUUUAUUACAAAUAGUAUAUCUUCAUGGAAUAAUUUGUAUAAUACUUUAAACAAUUUAUGUUUAGUGAUUUGUAUCUUUUUGGAUGACAUAAAUUAUCUAUACUACAUAUUUGCUAAAAAUUACUUUUAAUAUGACAAAAUGUUGAUAUAAUAGAAUCAGAAUGUAUUUUGUUAUUUUUAUUAAAACAUUUUACUAGAUAUCAAUUCUUAACAAAAAUAUUAUCUGAACUAAAAACUUAAUAAUAAUUUCACAAAGUUCAGUAUUAAAUUUAUAAAAAAACACUUUAAUAUUUUGUUUUGUUAAAAUUAUUUCAUUGUUGUUAUUACUUUUUGAUUUCAGGAUACAGUACAAGCAUUAGUUGCUGAUUGUGAAAACCCUGCUGUUAAACGAAUGAAAAAUGUUGAAGCAUUUAUGCAUAGAUGUAAGUAAUCCAAUUAAAUAUAUACAUAUAUACAAAUAAACUAAUAUUUACAAUGUACUAUAUAGUUUAUACAGGUAGAGCAUAAGUAUUAAGUAACCUCCCUAAAUAUGAAGGUUUAUAAAAUUAGUUAUGAAAUAAACUGUAAAGUGGGAGGGGGUUAUACAAAUCUGAAAAGUAAUAUUAAUACAAAUUUACAUACCCAUUAAGGCUUUGUACACACACAAAACAUAAUAUAUUAACUUACUUAUUAAACAUUGUAAAAACUUGUAUUUUAUUUUUUAUUUUUUUUCGUUUUAGUCUGUUUUUUAUUAAUAAAUUUGCUCCGAUUUUUAUGUUUAACAACUUUUCUAAAAGCUCAAGUUGUCUAGAUGGUACUUUAAACAGGUCAUUUUUUGAUUUUUGAUGCCAUUUUUUAAAUAGAAGUGGGAAAUGUACAAUUUUAUUAUUUUAUAAAAACACAGACUACAUUUUCUAUCAGAAAAAAUGAUUUAAUCGAAAAAUUACAUGACCCAUUUUUUGUUGCCUGAUUUAUUUUCUUAAAGUAUCUUCGCCAAAACUUUUGAGGUUUUUGAGAAAUUUUAAUUUUUGGGAGUUUUUUGUUGUAAUUUGGUUAUAAAUACACAUAGAGAAUUGAAACUUAGUAAUAAUAUUUAUGUUGGACUUACCUAGACGUGGUAUAAUUUUCAAAAUCAUCGGAUGACAUUUUUUUUAAAUAAAUGUUGUUUUGAAAUCAAAUUUAAACGAAAAUAAUAAAAAAAAAAAAAUACGGCACUUCAAAUAAUUUAUUACUAAACUUUGCAAUGGUUUAUUGUUGCUUACAGAUAUGAAAUAACCUUGUAUAUCCUACCUUCUCAACUUCUCAACUAUAACAUUGGCCGUUCCCAUCCCCAGUAUCAGCUCUUUUUUAAUAUUGUACCGGUUUUCCUGUUUUUCCCAUAUUUUUUCCUGGUUUUUCACAUUUACUCUGAAAACGCUUAGGAAAUUCGAAAAAUUACUUCCCUAAACUACCUUCACAAUCUGUUAUCUUUCAGGAAAAGUGCUGUCAUUUUAAAUCUGAGCGAAAUUGCUGAUAAAAAUGUUUUUACAUAAAUAAAAAAGUAAUAAUAAAUAUUUUUUGCAUACAGAUAAAAAUGAAAUAACCUUAUGUAUCUUAACUUUUCACCUACAACAGUGGCUGCACCCUGUACCAGCUCUUUUUUAGAUUCUGAGUGUAGUGAAGAAUGUAUUGGUUUUACUAAGAUGUUUAUUUUUUAUAUACUAUUUACAAAAAUUCUACCAGAAAUCUUGCUCAGAUAUAAUUUGGUCCAGAUGGUACUAUUGGGAGGUCAUUUUUUGAUUUUCUAAGUGUUUUUUUUUUUGAACAUAUGUAUAUGUAUAAGCCUAUGGUGAUUGAUGGUGAAGUCAGACUGACUAAGUUUCGAAAUUAUAGCUUUUUGAAGUUCUGACAUUAUGCGAAUAUUAUUUGUUAUUUUAAAUUGUCUUCUCUAAAGUAUGUUUGUCGUAGCUGAAUGGUUAUAUAUACCUAUUUUCAUCCUAAGGUUUGAGAGUUCAAAUGCGAGUUUCCAUGUUUCGAAAAAAAAAAUGCUUUGCAUUUAUUUUUUCCUCUUUAACUAAACAAGGAAAAAAUAUAUACAUUUUGGAUGUACCUAGAGACCCAAGCCAUCGCUCACUCGGACUAUUUUAAGCGCAAAAUACCUCUUGAUUUGUUGUGCAAAAUUUUGUACCAGAAAUCUUGCUCUGAUGUAUCAAGUGUAGCUUGUAUUUUCUGAAAGGAAGUUUUAUCUCUAUAAUAAUUUAGAAAAGUCGUUUAUUGAUUUUUCAAGUACUUUUUAUAAUAUCGGGAAAACACUGGAAUAAAAUGUUAGAAAAGCAAAAAAUGUACAAUGUAGGUAAUUGUAAAAAAAUAUUAUGGCCUAUUUUUCUGUGUAUAAUAUUUCUACCAGUAAUUUUGCUAUGAUUUAAAAUGAUAGCACUUUUUCUAAAAUCUGACUAGAAAGGUAAUUUAAGGUUGUAAUUUUUUGAUUUUCCCAGAAGUUUUCUGAAUAAAUGGGAAAAAAGCAUGGAAAAAUCUAUACAAUAUUAAACAAAUAUUAUUAAAGAAAAUAUUUAUUGCCUAUUUAAUUAUUUCACCAUAAUAUGGUAUAUAUAUUGUUGACAAAGCAGCACUAUUGACCGAACUGCAUUCAAAAUUGUUGUUUUGUUAGCAAUAGUUUAUCAUUACUUAUAGAUGUACAUUAAAUUACCUAAAACAGUGGCUUUGUUCAUCCCAUUAUCCUAGAACGUCUUUUUAUUGUGUUUGUUUUUAAAACAAUAUAUUAUUCAAUCUACAUUUAUUUUUGAAUCAAUAUGCAUAAUCAAAAUAAUCUUAUAAAUUAUUUUUGUGUAGAUGAUAAAUUUGCUUCUGACAUUUGUCAAUUACGUAUGAAACCAGAUGACUUUAAUAUCAUUAAAGUUAUUGGAAGGGGAGCUUUUGGAGAAGUUCAAUUGGUAAGUUUUAUUAAUUAAUACAAAUAUUAAUUUAUUAAAUUAUAAGUAGUUUAUUGAUUUUUUUAUAUUCACUAUUAUAUAUAUAUAUAUAUAUAUAUAUAUAUAUAUAUGUAGAUUAUUAUAUUUGAUAUUUAUUUUUUUAAAUAUAAAAUAUGAUUUUAUAAAACUAACAUUUCCAUUAAUUUAGGUUUUUAGAGGUUUUUUUAUUAACUAUUUUUUGUUUACAUUGUGCUUUCAAUUAUCAUAUUUUCUUUUCAAUAAGUAUGUUCUUUUGUACAAAAUUGUUUGGUUUUAUUACAUUACCUUUGUUCAUAUAGAUAUAUUUUGUUACUUUAUAUUACAAUUUAUUAUAUAAGAAAUAUUAAUACUGUUAAAGAAAAUUAGUGAUGCAUGCCAGAUUAAUUUAUUUUUACUAGUUCUAUUGUUAAGCUUUUUUAAAUUACAAUGGAAGCCUUGUAAGUUUAAAUUAUGACAUAUAAAGGACUGUGUAUGCUUUUUUUUUUUAUAGGUGCGUCAUAAAUCAAAUAACAAAGUCUAUGCCAUGAAAUUGUUAAGUAAAUUUGAAAUGGUAUGUUUUUCUUAUAAAUGUAUUAAACAUUUUUAAUAACACAAAACUCAAUUAAAUUAUGUGUAUACGAUAUUUUAAAAUUUUAUAUUCACAGAUAAAGCGAUCAGAUUCUGCUUUUUUCUGGGAAGAACGAGAUAUUAUGGCACAUGCAAAUUCCGAAUGGAUAGUUCAACUUCAUUUUGCUUUCCAAGAUCAUAAAUAUUUAUACAUGGUUAUGGAUUAUAUGCCAGGUAUUAACCUAAUUUUAUAAUACUUAAUAAUAAUGUACGAUUAGUAUUUUUGUUAUAAUACCUACUUGUGUACCUAAAUGUUUUGUAAUUAUUAUUUUUUCUAUUCAUAGGUGGAGAUCUUGUAAAUUUAAUGUCUAAUUAUGAUGUUCCUGAAAAAUGGGCAAAGUUUUACUGUGCUGAAGUUGUAUUAGCAUUAGAUGCAAUUCAUUCUAUGGGAUUUGUCCAUAGGUACAGAUAAUGAUAAUUUAAUUUUCAUAAAAUUUAAAUUGGUUUACUAUACUUUAUAUUUUAUUUUUUUUUUUUAGAGAUGUCAAACCUGAUAAUAUGUUACUAGAUAAAUAUGGUCAUUUAAAGUUAGCAGAUUUUGGAACAUGUAUGAGAAUGGGACCGGUAAUUAGUUUCAUAUAGCAUAGUCAAUAGUUUAUACAUUAAUAAUAUACAAUUAGCCAACAAUAAUACAGGGUGAUUUUUUUUAUUAUGUACCAGCAAUUAUCUUAGAGGAUUUUAUGUGAAUUUUAUUUCUGUUUUUUCUAAUCUUUAUGGAAUUGUUUAAGCUUUAUUUUAAAACCAUUUUUAAUUUUUACCCCUACUCAAAAAUACCUUAAAUAAGUACAUACUUUUGAUUUUCAAAUAAGACCCCCUCUUUUAAACAUAGAUUUGAAUAGAGAAUAUUUUUUUAGAAAUUUUGAUAUGCAUGCGCAUGCAUUACACUAAUAUUAGAUUAUGAGUUUGUGAGUUACAACAUUUUAAAUUUUAGAACAGAGGAGUAAAGAAAGGCCAUAGAAAGGCAAUUUAUUACCCUUCCCUCAAUCAAUUAUAAACAGAUUUAAAAUGUUUACGAGUCCAUUGUAAUAUAGAUAGUAUUUUGUAAAUUGAAAAUUAUAGAUAAACUAUUCAUAAGUAAAUUAAUACAAUUUUUUUUUAAUUCACAAAUUUUACCUUAUAUAGAUGUAAGUUCAAAGUUUUAAAAAAAUGGUUUGACCCAUCCCUAGUUUUGUUUAUUAUCAGUAUCAUUUUAGAUAAUAUUUUAUUUACAUGCUUUUCAACUUACAAUUAUAUCCAGGGCUGUGAAUUUAAUGCACCAAAAAACUAUUAAAUAUGCACUAAAAAAUGUCAAAAUAUGCAUGAAAAUAUGCACUAAAAAAUAUCAAAAUAUGCACUAAAAAUAUCAAAACGUGCAUAAAAAUAUGCUAUUAAAAUUUCGUAAAAUAUGUACUAAUUUUUCAAAAAUAUACAAAAAACAACAAAAAAUAUUUUUUUAAAUACUAAAUAUAAUUGUUAAAAAUUUAUGGGUAUUACAUGUUUAUAUAAAUUUAAAUUAAUUGCGAUCUUCAUCAUCGUCAUUUACGGCAUCUAUAUAAAAAAAAUAAAUAUAAAUAUAAAUAUAAAUUUAAUAUUUAAUAAAUUUACCUCUAAAGUAAUUAUUGCAUUGUACGAUUAAUGAUUUUUUGAGAUUUUCAAACUUGAAAGACCUCCUGUUUGGUGCCAAUAUAUUCUUAUAUAAAGAAAACGAUCGUUCUACAUCUGCGGAUGUUAUUGGUGCAAACUUAAAAUACGCCAUGUCGCUACUGGUUAAAUCUUCUGGUAUAUCCAAAUCACCUACAUUCUCUUCUUCGCCAGUUAAUAUUUUUGAAAUAUUACAAACAAUUUGAAAUCCUUUNAUAAAAUAAACAAAACAAAACUAUAACACUCGAAUUACGAACACACGCACAUCACGGAUCGGCGAUCACAUCGAACUAAUAGAAAUAGGUAUUAUUUUUACAAUUGUUGUCCAUCAGGCAUCAAGUGCAAGUUAAUAUAGGUAAAUAUUAUUUUCCAUUUAUUUAUAUUUAUAGACCACAACAAUACAAUAAUAAUUAUUAAUUAAUAAUACUGAUCUUGGACAAUAUUCGGCAAAAUAAGAAAACAACUAUUUAUACCCGAAUUUACGUGUAGUCAACCCAACUAAAAAUAGAAUAAAAUGUUCAAAAAUAAUAAAAUUUCUAUAAAAGAUAGUUAGAUUAUAAAUACAUUUUAUAUUAUGUAUUUUAUAUUUUAGACCAAAUUGACCGAAAAAGUAUAAAUAUUAAGAAAAAAGCAUUAAUACGAAAAAAGUAUAAAAACAUGCAUUUAUAUGCCCUAACUAGUUAAAUAUGCAAAAAUAUGCACUAUAAGAUUUCGUAUUUUAAUUAUUAGUAACACAAUUCAAAUUUUGGCCGAAUCCAUUUUCUUUUAUGAUGUAGCAAAAAAAACAUGCAAAUGCAUUAAAUUCACAGCCCUGAUUAUAUCAAAUGAAAUUUUUCAGUAGUAUUAACUAUUAUAAAAUAUCAAUUACUCUACAUUUCAAAUCUUUUACUUCAUUGUAUGGAGAUUUUUAUUUUAUAGGAUGGAAUGGUUAGAUCAGACACUGCUGUUGGAACACCAGAUUACAUUUCACCUGAAGUGUUAGAAUCUCAAGGAGGAACAGGAACAGGAGAACAUGGAGUUUAUGGGAGAGAAUGUGAUUGGUGGUCUGUAGGUGUUUUUGUUUAUGAAAUGCUUAUUGGGGAUACCCCAUUUUAUGCAGAUUCACUUGUUGGAACAUACAGUAAAAUAAUGGACCAUAAAAAUUCUCUAAGUUUUCCUUCUGAUAUUGAAAUAUCUCAAAAUGCUAAAUCAUUGAUUUAUGCAUUCCUGACUAAUAGGUAUUAUAAGAAAUUAAUGGAUAACUAAACAAAACAUUUGUUAUACUAUUAUUAUUAUUUCAGAAAAAAACGUCUUGGGAGAAAUGGAAUUAGUGAAAUUAAAGAGCAUCUAUUUUUUCAAAAUGAUCAAUGGACAUUUGAUAAUUUAAGAGAUUGUAAAUUAAAGUUUUCUCUUUUUAUUAUUUCUUUAUAAAUGUCUAAAUAAAAGUUAAAAUUUAGGUGUACCUCCAGUGGUCCCAGAGUUAAAUGGUGAUGAUGACACUAGUAAUUUUGAUGAUGUUGAAAAAGAUGAUGGUCCCGAAGAAAAUUUUCCAGUUCCUAAAGCAUUUGCUGGAAAUCAUUUACCAUUUGUUGGAUUCACUUAUUCUAGAGAUUACCAGUUAGUAAAUGGUUUUUUUUAUUUUUUAAUCAGAACUUUAAUUUGUUGUAGAUUGAAUAAUUUUAUGUUAGUAUACAAUUAUUCAGUGAAAUAGUAUAACAUUAAAUUUACUUAUUUAUUUUCAGAUUAUUGGGAAGUAGUACAACAAAUGGUGAAUGUUUACCUGAUACUGUAAGUAUGUUUGAAAAUAUUUUAAUGACGAUAAUUAAUAAUAUGUUGGUGUUUAAUAAUGAUUAAUUCUUAUUAUUUUUUCCUCUUCCACAAAAUAUAUUUUAUUAUAAUAUAUAGUGUGAUCACAAUUUCAGAUGCCACUAUAUAUAUCACCUGGAUUUUUUUGUAUUGAAUGGGGUUUUCUGGGAAUGAAAGAGAGUACCAAAAUAAACAUAUUCAGACAACAAAUUUCAAAUUUUUAACAUUUUCUCUAUACUAUCUACAGAAACACUUUUUUUUUUUUAUAAUUGUAAUACCAUUUUUUUCUACAAAUUUGGGUAAAGUAUUUUUCUUAAAACAAUUUGUAUGCAUAAUUGGUUUUUACAAAAUUUUAACUUGUAACUACUAUAAGUGACGAAUAAUUAUUUUUGGUGUGAUGUUUUUUUUAUUUUGUUAAUUGCAUUAAUUAAACUAAUAACAAAAGUUAUAAGUUAAAAUUUUAUUGAAAACUAAUGAUGCAUAAACUCAAAUUUUAAAUUUGUUAAAAAUUUGAAAUUAAUUUGACUGAAAAUGUGUAUUUUAAGUUUAGGGAGUACCCUUUUAUUCCACAAAACUCAAUUUUAGUACAAGAUCAUACAGGUGAAAUAUUUAGAAGUAUCUGAAAUCUUAAUCAUACUGUUAAUUAUAUGAAUAUUCAAUUUGUAUACUUUAUACAUAUGAUUUUUUAUAUUGUUUUAACAAUUAAAUAUCAAUUCUUUUUAUUAUAUACCUUAAAGUAAAAAAAAAUUGUUACCCUUUCUUUAAUAUUAAAUAAAAGAUAAUAACAUUAUUAAAGAAAAACAAAUUGUAUAACAUUGCAUUAAUGUUAAGUAUAAAAUUGAGUUAAUUAUUCUUGCAUAAAAUAUAAUAUAUAACUAAAUGCUUUAUUUUAUAUUAACAUAUAUUUUUGUUUUUCAUGUGCUGUACUAUAAAAAGGUUGAUUGUGUAAGUAAUAUAUUUUUUUUCGUACUAAUUAAAAAAUUAUAUAAAUUUUGGCUAUAAUAUUUUAGUAAUAAUACAAUAAUUAUUUUUAUCUUUAGUAUUAAUAAAAUUUAAUGCAUACAUUUGAUUCAUUCAAAUUCAUAAAAUUGCAUGGUACACCUAAUUUUGUAUGUUUUCAGAAAGAGACUACUCAUAUUGGGGUUCUUAAGAGAGAAUUGGAUAAUGAACGAAAAGAAUUAUUAGUUAUACGUGAUCAAAAUAGUAAACUAAUUGAACAGUUGCAAGAUGGAGCUAAUCGAGAACUUCUUUUAAAACAAAAAUCAUCAGCUUUAAACACUUCUAUUGCUAAUCUCCACAAAGACUUAAGAGAUGUAAAUAUAAUUUAAUAUUUAUUUUUAAUAAUCAAAUAGUGAUAUACUAUAUUCAUAUAAAUAUUAGGCACAACGGAAAGCUGACAAUGAAUGUGAAAUGCGUAGAAAGACUGAAGCAUUACUACAAAAAUUGAAAAGAGAACUUGAUGAAGAACAAACUAAAAGAACAAAAGAGAUGAACAAUAAUCAACAACAUAAUGACAAAAUUAACUCACUGGAAAAACAAGUAGGAUUAUCAGUAUUAAUUGUAUUUGAUUAUGUAUUUUAUUUUAUUUUUAUUCACUUUAGAUGAUUGAGUUGCAUGAAAAAUUAAAAAUCGAAACUGAUACAUGUACUAAACUUCGAAAGCAAGCAGCUGAGCUAGGAGUGGCCAAAGCAGCUAAUGAGCGUAUGGCAACCGAAUUACAAACAAUGUUAACCACUUUGCAAUUAAAUCGGGAUACAUUGCAUGAAGAAUUAGCAAAUUUACAAGGUCAACUGUCUCAAGAAAAAAGUUCAUUACGUGAUUUACAAUUGGAACUUGAAGGUAUUUUAUUUUUGGGGAAAUAUAUUUCUAUCCAAUUAAAUUAGUAUAUUUGUUGAUACUAAGGAGCCCAGUGUCAGUACUUAUAUUUCUCUAGUUUUAAAAUUAUUUUACUAUAUUAAUUAUCACCUUAAAGAUACUAUUUUCACACUGAUCUACUUCCCAAUACCCAUUUAGGACGAAAAGGUUAUUAAUAAAAAUGACUUCACAAAAAUAGUGAUAGUCAAUUAAAUAUUUUCCUAAACAUUUUUUACUAAUGAUAAACAAUAACAUUCCACAAGUUGCACUUAAAAUAAUGGAAGAAAAAACAAUUAACAUUCAUUUUUUUCAUAAUUUCAUUUUAAAUAUUGAGAAUGGAAUAUUAAAAACGGGAAUUCAAUAUAAAAUGUUUUCCUCUAUUAAUUUAAAAAAAAUAAUAAUUAAUUUGGUAGAUUUUGCUGAACAGUAUUACUAUUACAGUAGGGUGUAUUUUUGUGAACAAUUCAAUAUUGGCACUGAGAAACACUUUGAUGCUAUUUAAAUUAAAUACUUGAGUUUAUUAAAUUGUCUUCAUGAUAAUACUGAAUAUAUUUAGUCAUUAUACAAAAUUAAUGUAAUCCAUAUUAAGUUUACUCACUGAUAUUAUAAAUUCAUAUAUGGUAUUUUAAUCAUAAUGAAAAUAUUUUUUAAAGGUCGACUACAAGCCUGUCAAGCUGAUCUCAUGCGGUCUAAAUUGAGGGAACAAAAAUUGAGUGAAGAUAACAGACAACUCGGAGAGAGGACAUCUGAGUUAGAAAAAGAGUGUGCAUCAUUAGUGUUGGAAUUAAAAACUGCUCAAAAUAGAUAUCAACAAGAAGUUAGGGCUCACGAAGAAACAGAAAAAAGUAGAUUAGUUAAUAAUGAGCAAGCCAAUCUUGAAAUAGUAAAAGGUACUAAUUUUUUUCACAUAUUAUGUAAUAUCAAUUUUUUUAAAAAAAAAAAUAUAUUGGUAAUGGUAAAUAUAUGUUUGACAUGUAAACAUAUAAGUUUAAUAGGCAAAUUGAACAUCACAAUAAUUAACUUCUCUCUUUAUUUAGAAUGACUAUAAAAUAAUAUGACAUUUCAAAGAGAAGACAAUUUAAGAAAAUGUAAAAUAAUAAUAAUAAUAAAUUAAGAAUUUUUAAUUGUAGAGCUUUGAAAACCUAUAAUUUAUAACUAGAGUUAGAAUUUUUUUCUGGGUGUCAUAAUACAAUGCAUUUCAUGCACAAAUUCCGAAAACCAAUAAUAUUUAUUUUUCUUCUAUAACUAAGGAUAACCUAUUAUUAUAUAUAUGUAUAAAGGUGUAAAACCAAUUAAAUUAUUCCUUGAAAAGAGUAUGAAUUUUGUUUGUUAGUUGUUUUACUUAGUAAUACACAUUUUUAUCACCCUAGACUAUUUUAUUGUAGAUGGAGAUGCCCAUUUUCAAUACAACUUUUUUCUUAAAAAGUACCCCCCUCCCCCUUUUUAACCACUAGUUAUUUUUUUUCAUAUUUAUUUGUUCAUAUAUUUUAAUGGUCAACCCAUUUUUCCCAAUGUAAUCAACAGUAAAAAAGUUCUGUAUAUUAUUGAAUGUUUUCAAUUAGCAUUCACACAAUAGAUGUAUUUCAAGUCUUUAUGUUACUAAAUUACCAUUUAUUACAUUUAAAUUUAGAUUAUUCUUUUUUAUUAAUACUUUUUUGAGCAUUUUAAUUAGUUAAGUGUAAUUAUUUUAUUUUCAUGCUUUAGUUAAAAUGGAUUAUAUAUUUAAAGGUAAAUUAUACAUAAUACGCUGGUUUUCAAACAUUUGUUUUUGUUGUCUACUUUUGUGUUUCCAAUAAUUAUUGAUAUUAUUAUAAUAAUUUUUUACCAGCACUUAAAACUAAAUUAAGUGAAGAAAAAAGUGCUAGGCAAAAAGCAGACUUCCUUACUCAAGAAAAAGAAAGGCAAAUUUCAAUGUUGUCUGUAGAUUAUCGUCAAAUACAACAAAGACUUCAAAAACUUGAAGGUGAACAUAGACAAGAAGUAGAAAAAGUAAGCUAUUAUUUAUUAAAUAAGGCCCAUUACUUUAGAAUCAGAACAUAGGGAGGAAUGUAUUAAUUCUAUAAUUAUGUUUAUUUUUAUUUUAUUUCUUAUAUUGUAUACAAAAUUUCUCCAAGAAAAUUUGCUCUAAUAUAUCAAGUGUAGCUUGGUAUUUUUUUAAUUUUCUAGUGGUUUUCUUAAUGAAUAGAAAAAACCAAGGCAAACUAUGUUUUUUACCAUAAAUAUUACACCAAAAAAACCGACAAAAGACUUUUUUUAGUUAAAUUUUUAUUCUUAUUGGCGAUUGUGAAAGUUAGUUUUUGAUUUUCAUUAUAAUUUUUUAAUAAUUGAGUAAAAUCGAAAAAAUAUGUAAUAUAGAAAUAACAGAAAAAUAUAUUUCUAUAUGUGGUAACAUUUUCAAUACAUUUAAUUAAUUUUUAAAUAUUUAGACAUUUUAAUUUUGUGAGGUUUUUACAUAAUUUGUAUUUAAUAAGUAUUCUGUGAAUAAAAUUGUUUAACUUAACAGAAAUUCUUGAACAUUUGAUAGGAGGUUUAUUUUAAGUAGUAAUUAAGUGUAAUGUAGUAUUUUUUUCUUUUUAAAAUAAUUUUAAAAUCAAUUUUUGACUAAAAUCAUAAAUAUUAUGGCCUUUCAAAAAAUGCAUAACUAAACUUACCUCCAAACUUUGGUUGGCAAUGGUUUAUCAUAGCUUACAGACAUAAAUUAAAUAACUUAUAAACUCUACCUUUUGGACUUUGUAUCUACAAUAGUGGCCACAUUUGUAUUGGCUUUUAUAUUUAAGAUUCCAACUAUUAGUAAAAUAUCAGAAUUUUGAACUUGAAAUGUUUUUAUUAUUAUUUUAGAGCAAAGCAUUGCAUGCUCAAAUUGAACAAGAAUUAACAAAGAAAUCAGCUUUACAAUCUGAGUUAGGUGCACAUAUAUCUGAAGCAACACAAUUACGUGCUAGAGAAGCACAGUUGUUGCGUGAAGUCACUUUGCUUAGAGAAAAUAAACGUGCUAUUGAAGAAGAACUUCAUAAAUUAAAGACUGAACAUUCAGUAACUGAUUUACAGAUGAAAGAAUUACAAGAUCAAUUGGAAGCCGAGCAAUACUUUUCAGUAAACAUUAGUAUUUGCCUAUUAUUAUUAUUAUUGUUUAAAUUUUUAUUAAUGUUCUAUUGUUCAUUUCACAGACAUUGUAUAAAACUCAAGCAGCUGAACUUCGUGAAGAAGUUGAAGAUAGAGGAAAAGGGGCUGCUGAAUUGGAAGAAGAACGUGGCUCCUUAGCUCAUCAAUUACAAAUAGCAUUAGCUAGAGCUGAUAGUGAAGCACUUGCUAGGUCUAUUGCUGAAGAAACAAUUAUAGAUCUUGAGAAAGAAAAAACUAUGAGAGAGCUUGAAUUAAGGGACAGUCAAAAUCGUCAUCGUAAUGAUUUAGAUUCUAAAGAAUUUACACUUAAUAAUGUUAGUUGUAAUAAGUUUUAAUUUUAUGAAUUCCAGUUAUAGAAGUCUUAAUUUUUUUCAGUUGAGAGAAGUGGAAAAUGAAUUGAAGAAAAAGAUGGAGCAAUUAAUUAAAGACAACGAAGAGUUAAGAAGUCAAUUAAAUAUAAUCCAAGAAGGUUAAAUAUUUUUUCAUAGUUAAUAUUAUUAUGUUUAAUGAGUAUAUUUUAGUGAACCUAAUAUUGAUUUUAACAACAAUUAAUUUAUGCAUAAUGUUUACAGAGAGUAAAAAGAAUUUUAUUGAAGAACUGGAAAAACUCCGAAAACAACUUAAACAAGAACAAUUGCUGAAAGCUCAAGCUGUUAAUAAACUUGCUGAAAUCAUGAAUCGUAAAGACAAUACCACCAAAGGAAAAAGUAAAGUUUCAUCAGCUGAUUUAAGAAGAAAAGAAAAAGAAUGUAGAAAAUUACAACAAGAAUUGACACAAGUAUGUUGCAAAUUAAAAAAAAGUUUGAUACAACAAUAUAAAAUAGAAUUUGAAUUACUGAUUCCAACUUAUAAAUAUGUAUGAGUUUAAAAAGAAUUAAAACUCAGAUAAUUAAAGUAUUUUAUCUUUAACAACUAUAACAUAUUAAUAUUUAUAUAAUAAGCAUAAUUUGUGUUUAUAGGAACGUGAAAAAUACAACCAAGAAGUAACUAAGUGGCAAAAAGAACUUCAAGAACUUCAAUCACAAGUGGUAGAAGAAAAUGCUAGUAAAUUAAGGUUACAAAUGGAGCUUGAUUCAAAAGAUUCAGAAAUUGAACAGCUUCAAGGAAAAUUAACAACUCUAGGCAGUGAGACAGCAUCACUUAGUAGUGCUGACAAUGAUGAUACUGAUAUAUACACUCAAGGUUUCUAUUGAGCAUACAAUUUUAAUAAUAAUUUGCUUGGUAAUAAAUCUAUUAUUUGUAUCACAGAAUCUAGGUUAGAAGGCUGGUUAUCAGUUCCUAAUAAACAAAAUAUUAGACGGCACGGUUGGAAAAAACAGUAUGUUGUGGUGUCAUCGAAAAAAAUAUUUUUCUAUAACUCUGAGAGUGACAAACAAAAUACUGAUCCUAUAUUAAUUAUAAAUUUAAAGUGAGUUUCAUUAAACAACAAUUCUAUAAUAAAUAUAAAUUAUUAAUAACUAAUCUCAACAUUUAAUCUAUUUUAUUAUAUUUUAGUAAAGUAUUUCAUGUACGAUCUGUAACUCAAGGUGAUGUCAUUCGAGCAGAAGCUAAAGAUAUCCCUCGUAUAUUCCAAGUGUGUAUACACAUUUAUAUUCUAUUUAACAAUUUUUAAAAGCAUUAUUAAGACUAAUGAAUGUCAUAAUUUGUUAAAUUACUUUUUAUAAUGUAAAAUGAUUUCAUAAGACACUUGAUUAAUUUUGCUUCUCCCUGCCUAAUAUUCAUAUUCUUUUUUAUAAACAAUUUUUUUUUCAACAUUUGUAUUUUCACUAUUAAAAUUAUGUUUCAGUUACUAUAUGCAGGGGAAGGAGAGGCAAGAAGACCUAAUGAAUCUGGUCCAGAACAUCUAUCAAGAAGUACCAGUGUCACUAGCACAGUAGAUGAAAAGCCUGGUACUAUUACACUGAAAGGCCAUGAAUUUGUACAGAUAUCAUUUCAUAUGCCAACUAAUUGUGAAGUCUGUCCAAAACCAUUAUCAAAUGUGUUCAGACCACCACCUGCAUUGGAGUGUAGAAGUGAGUAGAAAAACUGAGGAAAUAGACCAAAUUUUUAAAACUGAAAAUACAUAUACAAUUUUGAUGUAUUUAGAAAAUAAAAGUGUUUUCUAAAAUUAUUAUUAAUUGUUUAUUUUUUUAGAAAUAUACUAUAAUUAAAUAUUCAUAAAAAAAACAAUAGUGUUGACUGUAUACAUAUUUGUUGUUAGGCUGCAGGAUUAAAGUACACAAAGAACAUCUUGAACGAAAAGAGGAUGCAAUUGCUCCAUGUAAAUUACAUAAUGAUCCAACUUCUGCCAAGGAAUUGUUAAUAUUGGCACCUAGUUUAGAUGACCAAAAACUGUGGGUGCAAAGACUGAGUAAAAAAAUCCAAAAAUGUGGAUAUAAAGCUAAUACUAAUCUGGAUGGUUCUAAAAUAUCACCAAGGUUUAUUUGUUUAUUCAAUAUCAUAUUAAUUUAUGAAACUUAAAUGUAAUAUUAUUGUAUUAUUCUAUUUUAUUUUUAUAGGGAGUCCACACGCUCUACAUUAAGACUUUACACAGGAAGUUCUGUUCAUCAGAGAUCUGCUACUUUACCAUCCAAUAUAAAUAAAUAAACUGAUUAAAAAAAUCAACUAAGAAUAGUAAAAAUAAAUUUUACAACAAUUAAUAGUAAGUUUAAUUUGUAUGAUAUAACAUUAUAUUAAGUUUUUGUUCAACUUAAGGUGUUUUAAAUUAUUCAUAGUAGAUCAUUUUUAAAAUAUAAUCCCUCAGUUAUUUAUAUAUUUACAAUAAAACCUCAAUCAUUUAUUUAUCUUAUUUUUAACUAGAAUUUAGUCUUGUCAACUCAAAGUUCAAGAGAUAUUAAAAUUAAUUUGACUUGCACACUUUUUAGAUCUGCCAGAUUUAUGUUAUAUAUGACAUUUAUAUAGUGAGAACAAAUUCUGAUCUACUACAUACUUAUUUUUUAGAUUGAUUAAAUUUGUAGUGUCCAUGUCACAUCCUAUAUUGUUUUUGAAAUUUAAUAUUGAAUUUAAAUUUUAUUUUGAUAAACCAAUGUUAUAUUUUGUGAUGUGCAGACUGCAAGAAAUAAUAUUUCUAUAAUUAUAUUAGUAAUUUAUUAAUAAUGUUAUAUUCGGCAGGUUAAGGGAAUAUAACUCUCACUCUAGAUUUUUUUUAAAAACUGCUUAAUUAAGUCCCUUAAAAAUUGUAUAAAUAUUAAAUAUUAUUACAAAAUAAAGCUGUAUACCUAAGUUAAAUGUUUGGAUACAAAUUUAAAAAAAAAUACAUUAAGUUGUUUAACUAUUAAAUGCUUUUGGAUUUCAAAAAAUCCAAAAUCCAAAAGCGGUUUAAUUUUUUGAUUUGUUUUAUUUUUACAUUUUCAUAAAAAAUAUUUCACUAAGGUACACAGCUUUAUACUGUAAACAUAUUUAUCACUUAUAUGAUUUUUAAGUGGCUUAAAUUGUUAUUUUUUGUGAAAAUCUAUAUUUUCAAAUUCCCAUCAGUAAUGGUAAUUCUCACAUUUGAGCAAUGACUGGUUAAUUUUAACAUGAAUAUGACCAUUUUUUUCUUUAUUUCUGAUAAAUAAUUCAAAUUCUACUGUAAUUUAACUUGCAAUUAGUGUAGUGUAGUAUUAUUUAUUAAUAAUCUACUAAUAUACUAUAUAAUUUUACAUACUUAAAUUGUGUUUUAUUAGGAUUCACCACUCAGGAUUCACUCCACUCAGGCACCAUAGUACAUUAAACAUUUUUAAAUAACAGGAUUAACUAUUCAUAAUGUAUCUUUCUGACCUAGUUGGUAAAUUCACAUUUAUCAUAUAUGGGUGUAUACCUAAACACGAUUACAGCAAAAUUAUUUUUAAAAAUUGCAGUUGUAUUGAACAAUUUGACUUGUAGUUAGACCAAUUUUAAAAUUGUGUUUCCAAUUAUCUAUUUAAUUGAUUCUCAUAUUAUAAUUUAUAAGUGUAUUUUUAUUCUCAAUGUUCAACUUGCAAUGACUGAUUAUGUAUACAAAAAGCUCUGUAUUUUGUCUUAUGUUGCUAGACAAGAAAUUGUUUAGUUAAUAUUUUCUAAACUAUUUUUUUUUGAAAAGUGGAGUUUGUAUUAUGUUGAAAAACAGAGCUUGGUAAUGCUAAUUUAAUAAUGCCUGGUUGCACCAAAUAUUUACACAAGAUAAACUCAUUUAUCUGGAGUUUAUAUAAAUUAUGUUGCAUAAACUAUGUUUUAAAUUAUAUCUGUUGAUAAAAAUAUAUUUUCUCAAGAGUUAAAUUACGGCCCAUUUAUAAAACCGAAUGAAAUGUAUGUAUAGUUAAAUUUCACUAUCAAUGUUUUGUGUUACUUCUACUACUGAUACAGUUAGUUUAUUAUUGUAUAAAUAUUUAAUAUAAUAUUUAUAGACAAGUUUGAUGCAACUAGGCAUUAGAGUUCUAAUUUAUUUUUUUAAUCAAAAGCUCUUUUGGACAUUUGUUUUCUAAUUAAUUAUGAAAUAACUGUCUCCAUAAUAUUUUUUGUAUUAUGUUCAAGUCUGAAAAUAAAAUAAUAACAAGUAAACAAAAAUCACUAUUAUUAUAGUUUCAAGUUCAUAUUAUUAUACAUUUAUAUAUUUUUAAUUUUUACCAAAAUAGACUGUUAAAGGUUUUUUAAUAUUUCAAAAUUAAUGUUCUCAGAUAAAAACAGACCAUCCUUUGUGAAUGAUUGCCAAAGUUUUUUAGGAACUCCUUUUAAAAAUAAAACUUAGAUUUGUCUUCACUAUUAUUUCAUGUUACCCAUUGCGUAUGUAGACAUAUGUUUAGUAUUAUUAUAUGUAAUGUGUAUUAUAUAAUUUAUUUUAUUGGAAUAUUUAACAAGUAAUAUUUAUUUUGUUAUCAGUUCAUUUUAAUUUGUACUGUAGUAUAUAAUAUUUGUAUGAAAAUAAUAAAACUACCCCAAAGAUCAACAAUUUCUGACAGCUAAAUAAAUAUAUGUUUUUUAUAUAUUAUUGUAAUAUAAUACAUAAACUUAAAUUAUACAUGUAAUAAAUGUCUAGGUGCAUAUUAUUUUAUACAAUAACUAAAUUUUUACACAAUGUUUUAUUAAUUUAAUCAGUUAUGGUUUAUUUAUAUUUUUGUUAUACAAUUAGUUUGAAAAAUAAUAUUCCUAUUGUACUUAUUUACCCUGAUCACACUUAGGUUCAUGCAAAUUAAAAACUAAUAACUCAAUUCAUUUAGUUGGUAUUCCGAAUUAAUAUUUAUUGUUUUUUUUUUUUUUUUUAGUAUUUUGUAUUUGUUAGUUUUUUUUAAAUUUAAGUAUAAGUAUAUUGAAGCAAUAACACAUUUUGUUGUAUGAUAAUACAUUUUAUAUUUGAAUGUAUAGUAUUCUUUGUAAUAAUUUUUUUUUAUUAUUUUUAUUAAACAACGAAAUGGUAAAUUGUUUGCUCAAGUUGAUUAUUUCAAUAAAGUGUAAAAUUUACAAAACAUUUACAUUUGUCCAUAAAAUUGUAAAAUGCCUUCAAAUCACCUAGAUGAUCAAAAUCAAACUAUUAAUAACUAUUUAGAUAAUAUUACCUGUUACUUAGCCACUCAUAUAGUGAUGUCACUUUUUACUAGUUUAUGAUUCUGCUAUGGUUUGAACAUUAUUUUCUUAUCUUGUACUUUUAUCAAAAUUCAACAACACUAUUUCUAUAAUCCCAAAACAUAAAAUAAAUAAAAUGUAAUAUGAAUUUUUACAAACAGUUCCUAAUUAAUUCUAGAGUACAUGCAAAUCAUUUAUAUUUGAUAAUAAUAUCAAUGUCAUAUUUUUAUAAUUCAAUUAUUAUAACCUUGGCAACAAAUUUGUAGCUUCUUAAAGUUUAAUAAAACAAUUUGUUUUUAUUAGAUCAGCUCAACAAAUAUUUAUUAUCUUUAAAAUAAGUUAGAAUGCAUUUACAAAUCAAUUAUUUUAUUUUAUUAUUAGGUUUUAUUUUGAUAUUAAAGUUAUUAAUUAUAAUUUUCAAUAGUUAAAUUUCUAAAAAAUAAUUAUUUUCCUUAAUUCAUUUAUUUAUACAUUUUAUUUUUUAAUAAUUGUUUUUUUUUUUUUGGGUGCAUGCAAAAUUUUAAAUCAUGUUUGUAGGUAUCUAUUUCUAAUAUUUUAAUAUUAUAAUUUGUUAUACACUCAAUUUAUUUAAUAUAUAUUUUAUUGAUAUCGUAACUGUUACGUAUUUCACCAAAAAUAACGAUGAGACCAAGCAGAGCCACCAGUAUUUUUUUUUAUGUAUACUCUAUCAAAAACCAAUAUUAAUAGCAUUAUAUACAUUGUAUACUCUGUGAUUGUAAUAUUAUUAAUUAAUGUGCACAGAUUUAUUACAGUUUUUUUUUAAAAGCCUAAAUUAAUAUUUGUAUGAUUUUUAAAUUAUUAUUAUUAUUCUUAAGCUGGUUAAUCACAUUUUAUUAUUAUUAUUUAAGCAUAAAAUAUAAACAUUUAUUGUAUUUAGGUACACAUACAUAAUCUAAAAACCACUGUACUGUAUAAUAAAAAUAAAUCUAUUAUUAAGUAACUUAUGUAUUAUGUACCUGUGCUAGCCUUCAGUAUAUAAUAUAGAAAUAAUGUAUUAAAGUAAUAAUUAUUUAUAAUGAAUAACGAUAAUAGUUUAUAGACAACAGAACAAAAAAAAGCAAAUUUGUAUGUAAUAUUAUUGAGAUAAACAUAAAAUAAAUUGUAUGUUUGUCUUUUCAACUGUCUUAUAAAAUAUAUUGAUUAAAUUGUGUG